AUGGCUUCAGGUCUCCUCUUUUUGCUGCUUCUCAUGAACGUAGGCUUUGCCCUACUGCCUGUCUAUGGUUCGGUGGACGACUGUUGGGUCGACGACCGCGUGGACUACGCCGUCUGCUUCAAGACAGAACGAUGCCGGAGCAUCUGCCUGGGGCACAGCUUCGUGGACGGGCGCUGCCAGUGGGGGUUCCCCAACCUGUUGCCCUAUUGCCAGUGUCUGCGCUCCAACUGCCGUUCUAAUUAG